CCCUAGCUCUCGUUGAUAAGACACUUCGCGGUUCACACCAUGCCCUGGAUUUUGGGAGGCCAUCGAGAAGUCGCAGUCGCAGCGAUCCUUCCUUCUUGACGAUGAGGGGAUUUUAUGCCGGUUCAGAUGAUGGUGGUGAUGAAACGGCGUGCGAGGCCAGAGAUACAUAGGGUCCUCCAUGCCGGGUGCCGAUGCCAGCGGCUCUAGGCCUCUCUCAUCUGGGAAGCGGCUUGCCUGCAGUUACCAAGAGCACAGAUGCGUGGCGUGCCAGGAGGAUUUUGGUGUCCGUGGAGCGCCAGUGCUCCUUUGUGGGAAGGGGGAAGAUGGGGAAACAGACCGCCCUGGGUUUUUCCGCCGAGUCCAAGCUGCAGGAAGCGCUGAAUGCUGCCGUUGUUGGCCAUCAGGGUUGUGUCAAUGCCAUUGCAUGGAACGCCAAAGGCUCACUUUUAAUUUCUGGUUCAGAUGACACUAGAAUCAAUAUAUGGAGUUACAAUGACAGGGGAUAUUACAUAGUAUUGAAACAGGUCACAAAGCAAGUAUAUUUUCUACAAAGUUUGUUCCAGACACAUCUGAUGACCUAGUUGUAUCAGGUGCAGGUGAUGCUGAGGAUUGGGAAAUCUCUUGAGGUUUUGAGGUCAUGUUGGAGCUGUUAGGUUCUCAGGACCUCAGGAAUGGCCUACAACAGUCAAGUUGAAGGAUGAGGGUGUUCACAGAGAUUCGAUGAAUGCCGAUUGUAUAUUAACAGGUAUAUAUAAGGUUAAGUAUCUCUGGAUCUGUCUAGAAUUUGUUCGAUUUUUAUCUAGCUGAUUGUAUAUUAAUAAAUAUAUAUAAAGUUAAAUAUUUCUAGACUCGCUCGAGAUCAACUGCGAGCUGUUGGAUGAUUAAGUGAAGCGGUGGGUAUAGUAAAAGAGGUACAUAUAUCAUGUUAGGUACACAUGUGUCAUCAAUAGGAAGCUAAUGCCUAUAACUGAUGCAACAGGUCAUCUUCCUGAAGCAUUGGUGCUAUUAUCUAAAAUAAGUUAGGCUCGAAAGCUUGACAAGCAUUAAAUAGUUAUAACAUUUACUAACCUCCACUCCGUGGAGGAUCAACGCCAUGGUGGGGGUCAAAGUCAAGGUCCACUCUCUUAUAUCGCUGAUUGGUUGGGCAACCCACUUGCUCGAUCGAAAUAAAGAAUCUCCGGUCCGAUAUUAUCAUAGCUCGACCACGCGUCGAACUUUUGAUGCUCUUAAGAGCCAAGUAUUGGCAGUAUAAAUUGUUAGAAUUUUUCGGGCCACGAAAACCACUUUUCGCGUCGCGGAAACCCCGAAACACCCUAGCCAAGGAUCUCGUGCA